ACUCUGCGUGUGUGUUUGUAGUUAAAUAAAGUUCGGCGGUUUUGAAUGAAACAUGGCGGCCACUGCAGCAGGAUGUCAGCAUUAUGUCCGCAAAUGUUUGUUAAAAGCUCCUUGCUGUAAGAAGUUUUAUGUUUGUCGUCUCUGCCAUGACGAUGAUGAAAACCACAAAAUGGACCGUUUUCAAGUGAAAGAGGUUAAAUGUACCGUCUGCGAGUCCGUACAAGAGUCUCAGCAAGUGUGUCAUGGAUGUGGAGUGACGUUCAGCGAGUAUUACUGUGGUAUCUGUCACCUCUUCGAUAAAGACAAGAAGCAGUUUCACUGUCAGCAAUGUGGCAUCUGCAGGAUCGGCCCGAGGGAGAAAUUCUUCCACUGUGAGAAAUGCAAUCUGUGUUUAGCCAACGAUCUUCAGGGAAAACACAAGUGUGUGGAGAAUGUGUCUAGGCAGGACUGCCCUGUAUGUAUGGAGGACAUUCACACGUCUAGAAUUGGUGCACAUGUCCUGCUCUGUGGUCACCUGCUGCACAAGACAUGCUUUGAGCUCAUGUGCAAAAACGGUGCGUAUCGGUGUCCUCUCUGCAUGCACUCAGCGUUAGAUAUGAAGGGGUACUGGGAAGAGAGAGAUGCAGAGAUCGCUGAGUCACCCAUGCCACCAGAGUUAAAGAAUCGGAAAGUAAAGAUCCUGUGUAAUGAUUGUCAGCACCGGUGUACUGUAGAUUACCAUGUGUUGGGGAUGAAGUGCAAUGGCUGUGGCUCCUAUAACACCUCACAAGACUGAAUCAUCACCUGCACAACAACAAACUGAGCCUAAAAUACAUCGAUCUCCCAAACCUCACUGCUCAUCUCAUCAACUCCUUGACUCCUGUUCAAUUCUUUCUUUCAAACAGCUCCAUAAUUAACUGAGGUUAAACUGAAACAUUGUCCUGUGCUUCUUUUGUGAAAACAUCUGUAGCAAAACAUGUCAUCCUGCAGGGAUUAAUAAUAAUAAUAAUAAUGUGCUGGAUAUAACUGGUGUGGAAUUCAAUCUUGAGGUUGUUGGGAUCCAGACUUCGGUUUAUUGCAGCCAAUAAACAAAAACUCAGAAACCUUC